AUGUCGGCAAAUGAUACACGACCAUGUUACUUCCCUGAUCGCACCGAGGCCAAAAACAACGUGCCCUGCUCACCAGAUCAACACACUCAUUGCUGCGGCAUGGCCGAUAUCUGCCUAACAAAUGGCUACUGCUUGAGCAUCGACCAUCAACCUUGGGUCUUAUCACGGGGAGCUUGUACAAACCAAAACUGGGAUUCUGGGUGCCCUGAACGAUGCGUCGGCGACGCUGACAACAAAGGCGGCGGCUGCUCAAUCGUCAACCUCCAAUACGAAAACGAAGACGGCAAAUCAACAUAUUGCUGCGGUAAUCCAGUCAGUGGUAGCGGCACCACCGCGACGUGUCCAACUGAGAGCCAAUUCACCCUAGACGACGGACACGCAGUACCCGGCUACGCCCUCCUAAGCAAUCUAUCCAAUUUCUACGUCUCCGGCUCGGCGCCAUCAUCCUCGGCAACACCUUCAAUACUUCCAGCUCCAACAAUAUUACCAGAUAGUAGCGGUGACACAUGCCACGACAAAGCGAUCGGAGCCGGUGUUGGUGUUCCGCUGGGGGUGAUUGCCUUGGCGGCUCUGGCAUGGGGAUUCUUCGAGCGCAAGCGCGUGCGGGCUAUGCAUAAGCAGAUGUCGACAGUGGCGUUGAAUAAUGCAGUGCAGCAGCCGCCUGCCUAUGGGAUUAAUCAGAAGAACCAGGUGCCAGCGGAGUUGGAACAUACGACUCCUGUGCCAGAGUUAAUGGGGAGGGAACAAUAA